GCUCUCCCGCUCCCAUCUUCUUUGCUUCUCUUUCCCAAAGAAAAAAAAAAGAAAAAGAAAAGGGGUUUCCUUUUAUUUUUUUUGGUGAAGAAUUUUAUCUGGAGCAGAAGAUCUCCUAGUGCUGCUGAGUUUGGUUUCCAUCAUAAUGAAGGAGAUAGCUGUUUCUGGGAACUUCAUUCCUCUCCAUGCUCUUGCCUCUGCUCUCCGUGCUUCUUCUAAGUUGAUUACAUCUUCUUCACCCAACCAGGGAAGGGUUCUGAGAGCAAACAGCAAAAGAAGAGCCUUGGAUGAUAAGAAGAAUGCCAAUCCACCUAAGAAGAAGAAGAAGCGAGCUCUUCUUAAGGAUAUCACAAAUGUUACCUCCCAUAAUUCUUAUACUACAAGCUGCUUAAGUGCAGCUAAACUUCAGGUGGAGAAUAUCAAGCAGAUCAAAAAGGGAAGGGCAUGUUCUUCCAAGGUGGCAUCAUCUUCUGCUAUGGUACAAGUUGAGUCAGAUUCAGCAGGAGUAAGCUUGUCUGGCUGUACUGACACAAACGAAGCAUCUUCUAGCUUAAAGCCGAGUUCCAGGUUGCCUCCUAGACCCCUUGGGAGGUCAGCUGAGAGACGUUCCACUGUGGCAAGUAUCCCAAAAUUCACUGACAUUGAUUCAGAUGUUAAGGAUCCUCUUCUCUGUAGCCUAUAUGCACCUGAUAUCUACUACAACCUGCGUGUUGCUGAGCUUAAACGCAGACCAUGUCCUGAUUUUAUGGGGAGAACACAAAGAGAUGUGACUCAGACAAUGCGUGGAAUCCUCGUUGAUUGGCUUGUUGAGGUCUCAGAGGAAUACACACUUGCAUCUGACACUCUCUACCUCACAGUGUAUCUCAUAGACUGGUUUCUAAAUGGGAACUGCAUGGAAAGACAAAGACUUCAAUUGCUGGGCAUCACUUGUAUGCUCAUUGCUUCAAAGUAUGAGGAAAUCUAUGCGCCACGCAUUGAAGAGUUCUGCUUCAUCACGGAUAACACUUACACAAGAGAUCAGGUCCUGGAUAUGGAGAGCCAAGUACUGAAGCAUUUCAGCUUUCAAAUUUACACUCCCACUUCUAAAACAUUCGUCAGAAGAUUUCUCCGAGCAGCUCAACCUUCUCACCUGAUGAUGUCAAGUGUGGAAAUGGAGUUUCUGGCGAAUUAUCUGACGGAAUUGACGUUAAUAGAGUGUCAGUUCUUGAAGUACCUACCUUCGGUUAUAGCUGCAUCGGCUGUUUUUCUAGCCAAGUGGACAAUGAACCAAUCAAGCCACCCUUGGAACCUAACACUUGAGCAUUACACAACGUACAAAGCCUCGGACCUCAAAGCAUGUGUUCAGGCCUUGCAAGAGCUGCAGCUUAACACCAAAGGAUGUCCCUUAAACUCCAUACGCAUCAAAUACAGGCAAGACAAGUUCAAAUGCGUGGCGGUGUUCACAUCUCCAAAGGUACCUGAGAGGCUAUUCUGAAAAAGAGACUCGGUUCAUCUCCUAACCGAUAUAACACGUACGUCAACGUCUGUCUGUAACAUUUGUGAUGGUCCGGUAAUCCGGUUCGGCCUCAUUCAUUUGCUCUCUCGCUCUCAAAUAAAAAGAGUUAGUAAUUUUUCCAAGGUCUCACAUUUAUACCAAAAAGAGUAACAGGUAGUGUAGACUUGUUUUGGUUCUGGUCCGUAUUACACGAGAGUUUAAUUUUUAAAAUUGUAAAAGUCGGAUCGGAUGUACAAUUUUUUUGGCUCAUCAGGCAGUUUCUGCUACGGGAUA